AAAAUCUACAUCAUUCUUUUUAAUUAUUUUCUCUUCCUCUAAGUUUAAAAAAAAGAUAUGACUUCAUGCAAGAUUAAGCGUUAUCCAUGCUAGCUGUAGAAUCAAACACAUGUUGGAGGGAAACUGUAGAGGUCAUUUGGUCAAUUUCCCUUUUACUGAAGCAGAUCAAAUACGUACAGAACUUUCUUAAGUGGUGUUUGUGUGGUUUUGGUGUUUGCCAUUUGUUAUUCAGAAGCCUCCCAUAAUGCAAAUUCCACAGCUUCUUUAAGUUGCUUCCUUUAGCAUUUCACUGUUAUUCUAGCUAUUUCCCAAACAUACAGAAUUAACCUAAAUAUCCUGUUGUAGACAAAACCAAUUACAAGGACAGUAGCUGGUCAGCACUCUCUUUAUGCUAGUCUAUCAUGCAUAUGGAGACUGUCCUCAUCAGUUCUCUCCUUUGUAGACUGGACCUACCUGAUCUAUUUUAAUCUUUCUUUAUUCUUUUUUCUCAACAUUAAAACUUUCAUUUAAUGUGCAUUAACAACUUUCUUAACAUGCUGUGCUUCAAAUGGGUCACAGCACUCUUUGCAGCUGUUUACUGGUGUCCUCCACUCUAGACUCAGGGCAGGAGAAAAGCAGAAGCAAUGACUGGUGUAGUGAGAACACCUGCAGAAGACCUGGCAAGGAGUCAAUGACUGCAGAGUACAUGGUAGCAGUCCCAAGUAUGUGAAACCACACACUGACCAAAUUCCCAUCAGGGCCAGGCACGCAUAUUCCGGUUUGUCAGCAACGUCUAGCUCCUUCCCGGGCAGUAGCUACUCAAGGUUAGCACAGCUGAGAUAAGUAAACAGCUCUAGUAGAUUUAAGGGGCCCUUAGGAACAACAAGUUGAGUCCCACACGUGUCUGGUCUGUGUGUCCUGGCUGUGUGUCUGACUCGUACCUCCAGCAGCCUACCUUCGGCGAUCCCUCCUCGCGGUUCCCGGGGCUCCCUUUGCAGUCUGUCGUAAAGCAGCAAUUCUCUUGGGCAGCAAAUGAGAGGAAAAGACCCAGCCUUGCAUCAAACUCAUCAACAGCUUGAGAGGCCUCAGAGCAGAAGAGGAUCUGGCUUUUCCAGCAAUUGCAGGGACUGGAGAUGGGAAUUCAGCAAAAGCUCUGUUCUAGAAGCCCUGUCUGUAUUGCUGCUCCUAGAGACUGUGAUGUCUUUUAGAGCUCAGCCUGAAGACAACUAAGUGCACAGACCAGUGGGAAGGGAAGAAAUUUAUGCAGAGAUGGGGCAAGAGCCUUGUAGACCCUCAGAAGUGAGACUGACAGCAGUUUAGUAAGAAGAGAGGAAGCUGCUGAGUCCAUCCCUUUUUCAAAGAAAGGAGAGCCUGUUGUGCCUGUUUUUAUGGCAUUUUUAUUUUUGCUUUCCAAUAUCCCCUUUGGCAUAUUCUGUUUCUGCGUAGCACAUGCCAAACGAGAAGGAACAUUGCUGCCACAUUAAAGAGAAGCUGUACAGAAGACUGGCUGGACCGGACAGUAAUCGUCUUUUAGUGAAACAGUUAUGAACAAUGCACGUGAUAAGCCAAGAAAUCAGGAGGUCAUGGAUGGUAAACGUUUGCAUCUUUUUCCAGAGGAAAGAAAUGCUGCGUUACCUUUCGGAAAAGCACUUGUAGAUGCUUCUGCAGUACCUCUUCCACCAGAUUUAGAUGACCAAGAAGCUCCUCCAAACCAAAACAGGAUGGCGUUACAGGCACCAAUGCGAAAGUCUGCGUUUCAGAGAAAGCCUCCAGAGCAGCAGAAACAGUUGGAGAAACUAUGGUUCCGAGUACAGCAUGAGCAGACGGAAGAACACAUCUUGUACAACCAAUACGAGCAAAAGAUCCGCCCCUGUAUUGAUCUCAUCGACAGCCUGAGGGCUCUUGGAAUAGAAAAAGAUCUGGCUUUGCCUGCAAUUGCAGUGAUUGGAGACCAGAGCUCUGGAAAAAGCUCUGUCCUAGAAGCCCUGUCUGGUAUUGCUCUUCCUAGAGGAAAUGGUAUUGUUACUAGAUGUCCCUUGGAACUUAAACUCAAAAAAUCACCUGCUACACAGAAAUGGAAAGGGAAAAUUAGUUACCGCAAUACCAGUGAAGAGCUCAAUAACCCCUCAGAGGUGGAGAAAGCAAUAAGAGGAGCCCAGAAUGUUGUGGCUGGUACUAAAGGUGCCAUUAGUAGCGAACUGAUUUCCCUAGAAGUCUGGUCCCCUGCUGUCCCAGACCUGACACUAAUUGAUCUUCCUGGAAUUGCUAGAGUGGCUGUAGGAGAUCAGCCAGCUGACAUUGGGGAACAGAUCAAAAAGCUACUUAAAAACAUUAUUUGCAACAAAGAGACACUCAAUUUGGUAGUGGUGCCCUGUAAUGUGGAUAUCGCAACAACAGAAGCACUGAAAAUGGCUCAAGAGGUGGAUCCCAAGGGAGAAAGGACGCUAGGAAUCCUCACAAAACCUGAUUUGGUGGACAAAGGAACUGAAGAGUCUAUUGUUAACAUAAUACGAAAUGUGAUCGUCCCACUCAAAAAAGGUUACAUGAUCGUGAAGUGUCGCGGGCAACAGGACAUCCGCAACAAUCUGACCUUAGCCUCUGCAAUCCAGCAGGAGAAAGAAUUCUUUGAGACUCAUCAACAUUUUAGCAUUCUUCUGAAUGAAGGAAAGGCUACCAUCCCUUUUCUGGCAGAGAAGCUCACAAGUGAACUUGUGGGACAUAUCAUUAAAACUUUGCCUACAUUAGAGAACCAAAUACGCAGUGAACUCCAAAAAACACUGCAAGAACUACACAAAUACAGACAAGGCAUGCCCACAACAGAGUCUGACAAGCUGAUUUUCCUCACAGAUCUAAUCAAACUGUUUAAUGAAGAUAUUGCUCAUUCAAUGCAUGGAGAGGAACAUUUGUCUGGAAACGAAAUCAGACUGUUUACAAAAAUCCGCAGAGAGUUUCAGAAUUGGGAAGAAGUCCUCCAAGACAGUAGUAAAAAGGUUACAAAAAUUGUACCUAAAAAAGUGUGGAAAUAUGAAAGCCAGUAUCGUGGACGGGAGCUCCCAGGCUUUACCAGUUACAGGACCUUUGAGGACAUUGUAAAAGAGCAAAUCAUGGAACUGGAGGCACCAGCUAUUGCAACACUGAAUGCCGUGGUCGAACUGGUUGAAAGGUCUUUUUUGGAAGUCACUAAAAAGCAUUUUGCUGAUUUUCACAAUCUAUAUAGAGCUGCUAAGGCCAGAAUUGAAGACAUGAAAGAGCAACAAGCAGCAGAGGCCGAAAGAAACAUCCGGACCCAGUUUAAAAUGGAGAAAAUUGUAUACUGCCAGGACAACAGUUAUACGGCUUCUUUAAAAAUGGUUCAGGGAAAAAAGCAGCACAGAGAGGUGAAAGCAAACCCAUCAGAGCUGAACUUUGCAGCCGUUUCAGUGCAAGAGCCCUCCUUUGUUGAGGAGAUGGUUUCUCACACGCAGGCGUAUAUCAGUGGAGCAAGGAAUCGCCUCUCCAGUCAGAUUCCUUUGAUAAUUCUGUUUUCUGUCCUCCAAAAAUUUGGAGAUAACUUACAAAUCACAAUGUUACAUCUUUUGCAAGAAAAAGAAAAGCUAACUUUUUUACUUCAGGAGGAUGGUGAAGUUGCUAAAUACAGGAAUUCACUCAGUCAGCGAGUUAAUCGUCUCACCAAGGCCUGCCAGUAUCUAAGAAACUUUGCCUCUCUGCAGCUUUCUUGAAUUUUUUUUGAAGGGGUUUUCAACUGUUGUUUUCUAGUGUUACUGAAGAAAUCUGUAAAAUCUGCUCAAAUUUUAAUGUGAGCACUGACCUUUAACACUUAUUCUUAGAAUUCUCAAAAUUGUUCCUUCUGCUUUAGUUUCCACAGUAAAUUAAACACAAACACAUAUGCCAAUGUAUGAAGUUAAACACGUUAUCAUAUUUCUAAGCAUUCAUUUUAUGAACUUACUGCAUAUCAUUAAAAUAAUUACUAAAAAGCUA